ACAAAAGGCUCCUGGAGCUGCCCGCCCCGAACGGGAUUCGCGAUACCAUGUCUCGCUGCAGCCCCUGGGCACUAGUCUUCGCCCUGGGCAGUUUGAGCGCUGCACAGCCCCGAGACCGGCAGGGUUAUUUGAUUGCAGCACCUUCUGUUUUCCGAGCUGGUGUGGAGGAAACCAUAAGUGUGACCCUCUUCAACUCUGCCAAGGAGACAACAGUCCAGGUCCAGUUAGUGGUCAAAGGAGAAACUGUGUCACGAAGCCAUGGAACAGUUCUGGAUAAAGGAACAAUUAAACUGAAGGUGCCCUCAGGGCUUCGUGGACAAGCCCAUUUGAAAGUCUGGGGCAACAGGCACCUGGCAGAGGAAGGGUACAUCUUCCACAACUACACCACAGUCACUAUUGACAGCAAAGGGUCCUCAGUGUUCAUCCAGAUUGACAAACCUGUCUAUAAACCCAAGCAGAAAGUGUUAAUAAACCUCUUUAUGGUGACUUCUGACUUGAGACCGGUCAAUGACAGGAUUGAAGCUUAUGUGGUGGAUCCUCGGGGGUCACGGAUGAUCGAGUGGAGCAAUUUGAAGCCAUUUUGUUGUGGUAUUGUCAAUAUGACUUUUCCUCUGUCUGAUCAGCCAGUGUUUGGGGAAUGGCUCAUCUUUGCUGAAAUGCAGGGACACACGUACAACAAAUCUUUUGAAGUUCAGAAAUAUGUAUUACCAAAGUUUGAGCUGCUCAUUGACCCCCCUCGCUACAUUCGGGACCUCUCACUGUGUGAAAAAGGAAUUGUCCAUGCCAGAUACACAUUUGGAAAACCAGUGACAGGGAAGUUAAUUGUCAAUAUGACUAUAAAUGGUGUGGGGUACUACAGGCAUGAAGUGGGGCGCCCUGUCCUCAAGACCACCCAGAUUGAUGGCUCUGCUGUUUUCGAUGUGUGUGUCAAAGACAUGAUGCCAGCUGAUGUCCCAGAGCAUUUCCGAGGCACAGUCAACAUCUGGGCCACACUGAUUAGCUCUGAUGGGAGCAAACAAGUCACAUUUGAUGACUCAACACCUGUCCAGAAACAGCUGAUUGAUAUCAAGUACUCCAAGGACACUAGAAAACAGUUCAAACCUGGACUGCCUUACAAAGGGAAGGUAGAAGUCACUUACCCUGAUGGAAGUCCAGCUGACAGGGUCACCAUCCGAAUUAAAGCUGAGCUCACACCAAAGGACAACGUUUACACAAGUGAACUGGUAUCAAGGAAUGGCCUGGUGGAGUUUGAAAUCCCCUCCAUCCCCACAGCUGCCCAAUAUGUCUGGCUGGAGACCAAAGUGACAGCAAUUGAUGGGAAACCCUCUGGGGACCAAUAUCUGCCCAACUACUUGUCCAUCAGCAGCUGGUACUCACCCAGCAAGUGUCACAUCCAGCUCCAGGCACCAGACAAACCUUUCCAGGUAGGAGAGGAGGCUUGCAUUGCAGUGAAGUCCACAUGUCCCUGCAACUUCACUCUACAUUAUGAAGUGGCAUCGCGAGGCAACAUUGUCCUCUCGGGGCUCCAGCCCAGUAACGUCACCCAGCAGAGGAGCAAAAGAGCCACCUUCCCCUCUGAGAAGAACAUUGGUAUCACACAUUUCCCAGGAACAGCACCUACCAGCACACCUACAGCAGAGGUUGAGGUGUGUGUGACGUUCCUGAGAUUCUCAGUCCUUCACUCCAUGGCUCCCUUGGGCCGUCUUCUGGUGUACUAUGUGAGGGAGAACGGGGAGGGGGUCACAGACAGCCUGCAGUUCACUGUGAAUUCCUCCUUUGAGAACCAGGUUGCAGUGGUGCUCUCAGCAAAUGAGACCAGACCUGGUGAUGUCGUGAACAUCAAGAUCAGAGCUGCAAAAUCGAGCUGUGUCUGCAUUGCCACUGUGGAUAAGAGUGUCUACCUGCUGAAGACAGGCUUUCAGCUGACAGCCAGUCAGGUUUUUCAGGAGCUUGCAGAGUAUGAUGUAUCUGAUGCUUUUGGAGCUCCAAAGGAGGAAGGCCACUUCUGGUGGCCAGGCAUGUCCUCACACAGACGCCGUAGAUCUUCAGUCUUUCCCUGGCACUGGGACAUCACCAAGGACGCUCGCUUCGCCUUUACAGAAACUGGUUUGGUGGUAAUGACUGACAUAGUCAGCUUGAACCACAGGCAGAAUGGAGGAAUGUACACAGAUGAGGCUGUUCCAGCCUUCCAACCUCACACUGGGACCUUGGUGGCCACAAUGCAUUCUAAAAUAACAGCAAGCAGAGCAGAGAAGAGAAAAAGAACCUUCUUUCCCGAAACAUGGAUUUGGCAUUGCCUCAAUGUCAGUAACACAUCAGGGGAAGCCCAGCUGCAUGUGGACGUGCCUGACUCCAUCACCACCUGGAUCACGGAGGCUGUGGGUCUGUCUGAAGAGAAGGGUUUGGGCAUUGCCAGACAGACAGAGCUAAAGACAUUCAAGCCUUUCUUCAUUGAUUUCACCCUGCCCUACCACGUCAUCCGGGGGGAACAGACCAAAAUCCCACUGACUGUCUACAACUACCUGGCUGUGUGUGUAGAGGUCCACGUGAAGAUUUCUGUCCCAAAAGGCAUAAAGUUUGUUGGACAUCCUGGGAAGCACCAUCUGACAAGAAAGAAGUGCGUUGCCCCUGGGGAAGCCAAACCCACCUCUGUUGUUCUCUCCUUCAAUGAACUGGGACUGAGCAACAUCACUGCAAAAGCUUUUGCUUAUGGUGGGACUAAUUGCUGUCAGGAUGGCAUGCAGAGCUUAAAGAAUGACAAACACUCAGAGGACACUUUCCUGGACAAAAGAACCCCAAUGGGAGUGGAUUAUGUUCGUAGCAGUGUGAUUAUUGAGCCAGAGGGACUGUCCAGAGAAUACACCUACAGUGUGUUCUUCUGCCCAAAUGAGAAAAUCCACAUAUCUACACCUAACAAAUAUGAGUACCAGUACAUGCAGAAACCUGCCCAGAUGACCCACUUUGAUAUUGCUGUGAAAGCCCACAAUGAUGCUCACCUGGCCUUGUCCUCUGGUCCCCGCGACAUGGCAGAGAUGACAGAGAUUGUUAUUGGUGGACAUCAAAACAGCAAAACAUGGAUUUCCGUAAGCAAAAUGGGUGAGCCCGUGGCCAGCAGGGACACACCUGGGAUCCUCUCCUGGGAUGAAUUCCGCAGCUUCUGGAUCAGCUGGAAAAAUGGAAUUAUCCAGGUUGGCCACGGUACUCGGAUGCUAAAUGAGUCUAUUAUUGUGGAGUGGACAGUCCCCAAACAGCUUGAGGUGAAGUACGUUGGCUUUUCCACAGGCUGGGGGUCAAUGGGAGAGUUUAAAAUUUGGAGAAAAGAAGAGACUGAUGAAAAUCACAAUGAAGCAUUUACUCUUGGAGUUCCCCACAACAUAAUUCCAGGAUCAGAAAGAGCUACGGCUUCAAUCAUAGGAGAUGUGAUGGGUCCUACUUUGAACAACUUGGACAACCUUCUGCGAUUACCCUUUGGCUGUGGGGAGCAGAACAUGAUCCAUUUUGCUCCCAAUGUUUUUGUCCUGAAAUAUCUGCAGAAAACCAAACAACUCAGUCAUGAGGUGGAGAUUGAAGCUACUGAUUACCUUGUUCAAGGCUACCAGCGCCAGCUGACCUACAAGAGACAAGAUGGCUCAUACAGUGCUUUUGGGGAGAGAGAUUCAUCAGGGAGUAUGUGGCUCACGGCUUUUGUCCUCAAGUCCUUUGCUCAGUCUCGUGGGUUUAUUUUCAUUGACCCAAAAGAACUGACAGCUGCCAAAGACUGGAUCAUCCAGCACCAGAAAGAAGAUGGUUCUUUUCCUGCUAUGGGCAGGAUACUAAAUAAAGACAUUCAGGGUGGAAUCCAUGGGAAGAUCUCCCUGACAGCUUAUGUGGUUGCAUCUCUUCUGGAAACAGGUGUCACCUCUGAGGAAGAAAGAACAGGUGUUGACAAAGCAAAACACUUCUUGGAGUCCAACCUGUACUCAGCAGAAGACCCCUACACCACUGCCCUGACUGCCUAUGCCCUGACCCUGCUGCACAGCCCCUCUGCAGCGGUGAUGCUGCGCAGGAUGAACAGCAUGGCCAUCACCCAAGAUGGCUUUACACACUGGAGCCUCACAGGAACUCUUGUUGCUGAUGAAGAUACUUUCAUGGGAUUUAAUGAUGGACUCUCUCAAUCAGUUGUUUCUGCGGAGGUGGAAAUGACAUCCUAUGCCCUUCUGACCUACACACUCCUGGGAGAUGUGGCCUCUGCGCUUCCUGUGGUAAAAUGGCUUUCACAGCAAAGGAAUGCCCUGGGAGGAUUCUCAUCUACUCAGGACACCUGUGUGGCCCUGCAGGCUCUGGCUGAAUAUGCCAUCCUUUCUUAUGUUGGAGGAGUCAACCUGACCAUUUCCUUGGCUUCUACUAAUCUAGACUACCAGGAGACAUUUGAGCUCAACAAGAUGAAUAAAAAAGUCCUCCAGACUGCAGUGAUCCCCAGUAUUCCCACAGGGCUGUUUGUGAGUGCCAAAGGUGAAGGCUGCUGUCUGAUGCAGAUUGAUGUCACUUACAAUGUACCUGAUCCUGUUGCCAAACCAGCUUUCCAGCUCCUGGUUAACCUCAAGGAGCCAAAGUCAGAGCAGCAUCUCCACGCUCCCAACCCCCUGAACUCUGGCUCUCCAGAUGAGAAUCGCUCUGAAGCCUUGCAUAGGGAGAGGGCUCUGGGGGAUGAUGAUGACCCAGCAUCAGACCAGGACCAUCGGGAGUACAAAGUCAUACUGGAGACAUGCACUAGAUGGCUGCACUCUGGAUCCUCAAACAUGGCUGUCUUGGAAGUGCCCUUGUUCUCAGGUUUUCGGGCAGAUAUUGAGAGCCUGGAGCAGUUAUUGAUGAACAAGCAAAUUGGAUUAAAAAGAUAUGAAGUGGAUGGAAGAAAAGUCCUAUUUUAUUUUGAUGAGAUUCCCAGCCAGUGCAUGACCUGUGUCAAGUUCCAGGCUUUCAGAGAGCACAUAGUUGGGAAAACAGCUCCUGUUCCUAUCAAAGUGUACGAUUACUAUGAGCCAGCUUUUGAAGCCACUCGUUUCUACAAUGUGAGUGAGAAUAGUCCCUUGGCUCGGGAGCUCUGUGAUGGCCCAACCUGCAACGAGGUGGAAAGCUCAGCUAGCCAGUGGGUUGGCUUUGUUCACUCUGGGCCUUGCAACAACAUUUUUGGCUGCUUGGAGGACGAGUACUUUGAGCAGUGCCUGUGCUCGCGGGACUGUGGCUACGACGGGGAGCCCGUGUGUGGCUCAGACGGACAGAUCUACCCCAACCACUGCCAGAUGGAAGUGGCAUCCUGCAGGAAUAACACCAGGAUAGAGCAGAUGCCCAUGUCUCAAUGUUCUGCCUCCAAGAAUUUGCCAGAAGAAAGGGAGACACACUCCCACACAGCUGAGCAGCCCAGUGUUCCACAGACUCCAGCAGCUGAGGAAGGGCCCCCUCUCCACACAGACCUGUCCUACUACUCCUAUGAGUACGACCCUGACCCCUUUGCUGCAGAACCCGAUGUGUCUGAGGUGGAGGCAGAGCUGACAACAGGGCGCACCUUCAGGGAAGGGGAUGGGAUCCAGGGAGAGGUGACCAUGGCAGAAUGGUGAGCCCAGGAAAUCUAUAAUUUAAACCAAGAGAAGAGGCUCAGAAUCAACUCCUGUAUGAGUUUGUUCCUCCAGACGACCUGCUGCAGAACACAAACUGAAUGAUGAAAUGAUGAC